AUGCAUCCAAGCAUCCCAACCUUGAACCCAUGGAUGGACCAGACCCUCCCCCGCAGCCGCUUCUCAACCUCCACAUUGUCUUUGAACGCCUCCUGCAUUUCGCCAGCUUCACAGAUCCACCACACCACCCAUCAUCCAUGGAUUGGCGUCCCCAAUCAUCCUUUCCGCUACCAGUCAUGGUUCCCAAUUGUCCAAGAGCCAAGCCUAGAGCUACAGGCUAUCGCAUUGCCUGUCAGACCUGGGGGAUGCAUGCUUGUUUCUGGCGGCCGUCUCCGGCUGACUUGA